AUGUUGUCCCUCCGAUAUGCAUGCGCCAUUCUUGGCCUGUGUCUUUUUGCCCUGAGCAAUGGCGCCGCCGCCGCCACUACGGACAGCCCACUCUCGCUCCAGGAGGGCUACACCGACCUCCCGGACUGCGCAUCUGCUUGUGCCGCGGUCGAAGCUGCUUGCCUUUGUGGUGAUGCCAAGUUUAACAAGGCGGCCACCGGGUGCAUCCAGUUGUCUUGCAGCAUCCGAGAGUCCCUGGCGGCUAAAAACAUUACCGAGCUCAUGUGUGGGCACUCCCCUGAGAGGGACGCAAGCCUCAUCCCGGUGUACUCUGUUUUUAUCGGCCUGGCCGUCGUGGCCGUGAUGCUGCGGCUAGUUGCGCGAGUUCUCACGCACGCCUACUUCUGGUGGGAUGACUUUGCCAACCUCUUUGGCUUCAUGUUCUUCGUGGAGAUGCUCCUCUACACCAUCACCCGGUUCUUUGUGCGCGCCUCGAUCAUCCUGUUUUAUCUGCGCGUCUUCCCGCCCAGCCAGGACAAUAAGCUCGGUCGUAUCCUACAGUAUACCAUGAUCUUCAACGUCGUCUACAACAUCAGCUUCCUCUUCGCCGUCAUCUUCCAGUGCACGCCCAUCUCGGACUUUUGGACCCAGUGGGAGGGCAUCCACCAGGGCCGCUGCGGCAACGCCAACAUCCUCGCGUGGGUGGCGGCCGCGACGGGCAUCGCGUUCGACGUGUGGUUGCUGGCGCUGCCUUUCCCGCAGCUGCUGGCGCUGAACCUGCACUGGAAGAAGAAGAAGGACAUCGUCCAAGUCUGCCUCUGGUCCGGCAUCGAGCUCGACGUCGGCGUCAUCUGCCCCUGUCUGCCCUCCUUCCGCCUGCUGCUGCGCCGCCUGUUGCCCCGCGUCAUGGGCACCGCCUCGUCGCGCUACGAGCUCGAUCCUGUUUCUGGCACAAACUUGACCGGGACGGGGGCAGGGAUGGGUGGUGGUGGGGUGAGGAGUGCGGUGAGGGGGAGUAGGGGGGGAAGUGGGAGUUUUGGUAGGGGAGGGGGGAAUCGUAGUGGUGGUGGUGAUGGUGGUGGGGGGGUAGGGAAGAUUGUGGUGGAGAAUACGAUUGCGAUUAAAUAUGGGAGGAGUGGGGAGUUGGAUGAUGAUGAUGGGGUGAGCUGUGAGAGUGUGAGGGGGUUGGUGGAGGGGAGGGCGUCGUCGGUGGAGGAUGAGGAGAGUGGGAGGAAGAGUAUUGGGAGGAGGGGGAGGUAG